AUGAACGAGCUGCUUCAAGAACAUGGAUGUUCCAACGUAUUUUCAAUUCCUGAAGGUCUCAGAGAGCUGAUGUGCGAUAUAUCUCGAGAAGUAUUACGAGAACAACCCCAAAAGAUCUUUGACUUCAUAGCAAACUACUUAUCAGUGCUGCUCAUCACGAGGGAGCAUGGCAUCCUCUCCUUGAGAAUACUUGAAGACCUAUGCGACUGCAAGCCCUCGGUCACCGAACACCUGAUGCAGUUGGGCAUGGAGAGAGCCCAGGCUGAAAUGCUGUCCCAAGUGAUUAAGGAGGAGGUUGAGGGAUUCGAGCCUAUUGAGGGAAGAGAGAAAGUAAAGGAGAUGCAAAUAAUGAAGAAGAUUCUCCAAAGGACCGUCCUAGAUGAGGACAUGGCCGCCAAAGUGUGCCAAAUCUCUAGAAACGCUUACCGAGACUAUUGGUACCGAAAGAAGCUAUUGGAGAAGAGCAUGAAAGUCCAACCUGAUGAGCCUUGGGAAAUUGCUGCACAGCAUACCUUAGAACUUUACAAGAAGACUAAACCGUCAUUUACUGAAUUGACAAGAGCUACUGAGAAGAUUCAGGCAGCCUACAGAGGAUACCACAUCCGCAAGAAUCUGCUAACUCACUUGAAACCGAAGAAAAAGAAGAUGGGACCAAAAGUUGAACUACUUGGACCUCCAAUUGACGUUGCAGCAUCAAGAGAAAUAGACCUUGGACCUAUGAUCGAUAUAAAAGUCCAAGAAGACGACGUCAAUACAAUGUUUGAUGAAUAUGCCGGCGAAAAACUUGGUCUGGGCUAUGAUCCUAUGAAGACAAUAACCCACGUAGAUGGUGAAGACUUCCUGCCUGAGCAAGUGGGGUCACGAGCCAGCCGAGCUAUGAGCCAGUUCGCUGGUCUGCCAUCAACCAAGAGCCUGACUGGGGCUGAGCUGACCAAGUCCAGAAUGAGUCGCGUUGAAGACGUGGCAGAAUCGAGGCAGAGUUGGGUGCCCAGUCAAUUUGAUGCAACGUCACGUCAGAGUCGCAUGCAAAGUCAGAUUUCCGAGAGUGGCCGCGUGAGCCGCCUGCCGAGCCAGAUGCCUGUGUCUGCUACUGAUUUGGAGGCGUCAUUGCACAAGAUUUCUUUCGCCGAGAGACCGCCAGAAGUGAUACCAGACUUCGAACCUGAAGAUGAAGCCGAGCCUGGCUUAGCCGAAGUUCAAGAGAUUCAGGAGGUACAAGAGGAGCCAGGGAUUGAACCGGCUGAGGCCGUGGAGGGAGAGCCCGCCCAGGAGGUGCCUGAAGACAUUCCAGAUGACCGCACCGAGGGUGAUGGUGAGAGUGCACCGACAGCAUCGGUCCCGUCGUCGGCUCCUGAUACUGCUGACAACACAGACGUAGAGGACGCCGGUGCUGACUCCACUGGAGAAGAGGAAGGAGAUUAGACUGAUACGAUGAUAGAAAAACAGGGGCAUGCAUGUAGAUGAUUUGACCUGACAAAAAUAGUCAGUAGUUUGUUUAUAACUAUCUACUGCUUAUCUCAAAAUGAGCCAUAUCGACUUAUCGCAAACUUGCAUGUAUUUGC